AUGCCCAGCCCAAACAGUUUCUGCGAGAUAAAACAGCAGUUUGGUGUCUGCCUGGCAACUGUAGCAGAAGCCAUGCAUGAAUUCUACCUGGCCAUGAGGGUCGCGUUCUUCAGGAUGGUUGGCUGUUUUGCAGAUGACAUGGAACAAACCAAUCUAAUACCUUCUAAAAUAAACUUCAUGAGCAAAGCUUUGAAGGCUGUUCCAUCCCUCCAAGCCUCUAUCAUAUUUGAGAAGGUGACUGGAUGCCCUGUGAACAAAGCAUUUCUUCAGCUAUAUUUGAAACUUAAGAAGUUGUGGUACCAACCAGGUGAAAUCCUGAUUGGUGGAAUUGUAACUCAUUUUGGUUGUGAGGCCCAAGAAGUUUCAUUUGUACAGCACCCCUACCACGAUGAAGCCUGUGAUCCAAUCCCGAUAACAAAGUUCUACCAGCACAUUCUUGCCUUGGUGUUUGCCGUUCAUGAGAUCAACCAGAACCCCAACAUCUUGCCCAAUGUCACUCUUGGGUUCCACAUCCAUGACUCAACCACAGAGGUGAAAUGGAUUUACAGGACUACCCUGGACCUGCUCUUCACAUCACUUGAAUUUGUCCCAAACUACAAAUGUGGUACCCAUAAAAACAUGAUUGGUGUCAUUGGGGGAUACACUUCUGCAGCCUCAUCUGUUAUGGCAACUCUCUUAAGUCGUUACAAGAUUCCACAGUUUUCAUACGGCUCAUUUCAAUCAGAAGGGGAUAACCCAACCAACCUCCCUUCCUUUUACCGCACGGUCCCCCAGGAGGCCCUUCAGUAUGAGGGAAUCGUCCAGUUACUUCUGCAUUUCGGCUGGAAAUGGGCGCUCAGGGCAGGGGAGGCGUGUCCCCAAGCCCCGGCGACGCACUGGAGGGCCGGAGAGCAGAGAAUGGCUUUCAACAACAGUGCUGGAGAGGAAGUGACCUUUAACGAACAUGGAGAAUUGACCGGUGGAUUUGAUAUGACCAAUCUGGUGACUUUUGCAAAUAAGUCCUAUGUCAGAGUCAAGAUCGGGAGGCUGGAUCCUCAGGCUCCGCUUGGCAAAAGAGUUAUCCUCUCUGAGGAUAGAAUUCAGUGGAACAGACACCUCACACAGCUGCCUCCUUCAUCUGUGUGUAAUGACCCUUGCAACCCUGGCUACAGUCGGAAAAAGAAGGAAGGGGAGAAAUUCUGCUGCUACGAUUGUGCUCCAUGCCCAGAAGGGAAGAUUUCAGGAAAAGAAGCCAACAACCGGGGCCUCACCUACUGUCUACUCAUCUCUCUCCUUCUGUGCUUCCUCUGCUCCUUGCUCUUCAUCGGACAACCGAACAAGGUGACCUGCCUCCUCCGACAGACGACUUUUGGCAUCAUCUUCUCCAUGGCUGUAUCUUCUGUCUUGGCAAAAACUGUUACUGUCAUCAUGGCAUUUAUGGCCUCAAAGCCAGGGAACAUUUUUCACAAGUUGAUAAUCAAGUUCUAUCAGCACAUCCUUGCCUUGGUAUUUGCCAUCCAUGAGAUCAACCAGAAUCCCAACUUCUUGCCCAACGUCACUCUUGGAUUCCAGAUCCAUGACUCCACCAGUGCUCGAAAAUGGACUUACAGGACCACCCUGGACCUACUCUUUGCAUCCCUUGAAUUCAUCCCAAACUACCAAUGUGGCGCCCAGAAAAAAGUAACUGGUGUCAUCGGGGGAUAUAGUUUUGAAACUUCAUCAGACAUGGCAAAUAUCUUAAAUCGUUACAAGAUCCCUCAGUUUUCAUAUGGCUCAUUUGAAUCAGAAGGGGAUAACCCAACCAACCUGCCUUCCUUUUACCGCACGGUCCCCCAGGAGGCCCUUCAAACCCACCACAGAGCAAUGGAGGAUGGGGACAGACUGGCUCCUUUGAACACUCCCCCUUGGAAGCUCCAUGCACUUCUUCAGAGAAUGGCCUUCAACAACAGUGCCGGAGAGGAAGUGACCUUUAACGAACAUGGAGAAUUGAUCGGUGGAUUUGAUAUUACCAAUUUGGUGACUUUUCCAAAUAAGUCCUAUGUCAGAGUCAAGAUCGGGAGGCUGGAUCCUCAGGCUCCGCUUGGUAGAAGAGUUACCAUCUCUGAGGACACAAUUCAGUGGAACAGACACCUCACACAGCUGCCUCCUUCAUCUGUGUGUAAUGACCCUUGCAACCCUGGCUACAGUCGGAAAAAGAAGGAAGGGGAGAAAUUCUGCUGCUACGAUUGUGCUCUGUGCCCAGAAGGGAAGAUUUCAGGAAAAGAAGACAUGGAUGAUUGCAUGACUUGCUCUGAAGGUCAUUAUCCAAACUUGGGGAAAGUUCAGUGCAUUCCAAAGCUUCCAAACUUCUUAUCCUUUGCACAACCUCUGAGCAGGAUCUUAACCUUUUUGGCUGUCUUCUUCUCUUUGAUCUCAGCCCUGCUGCUUACAAUCUUUCUGAAGUACAAGGACACUCCCAUCGUUAAAGCCAACAACCGGGGCCUCACCUACUGUCUACUCAUCUCUCUCCUUCUGUGCUUCCUCUGCUCCUUGCUCUUCAUCGGACAACCGAACAAGGUGACCUGCCUCCUCCGACAGACGACUUUUGGCAUCAUCUUCUCCAUGGCUGUUUCUUCUGUCUUGGCAAAAACUGUUACUGUCAUCAUGGCGUUUAUGGCCUCGAAGCCAGGGAACAUUCUUCACAAGUGGGUGGGGAAACAAUUGGCAUAUUAUAUUAUUAUCUCUUGCUGUUGUGUUCAAGUUGGCAUUUGUGCCGUUUGGCUGGGCUUUUCUCCUCCAUUCCCAGAUAUGGACAUGCAUUCACUCAGUAGAGAAAUUAUACUGCAGUGUAAUGAAGGGUCAGUCCCCAUGUUUUACUGUGUCUUGGGCUACAUGGGGUUUCUUGCCUCUGUCUGCUUCAUUGUGGCUUUCCUAGCCAGAAAGUUGCCUGACAGUUUCAACGAAACCAAGUUCAUCACUUUCAGUAUGUUGAUCUUCUGUAGUGUUUGGCUGUCCUUUGUCCCCACCUAUCUGAGCACUCAAGGAAGAGACAUGGUGGCUGUGGAGAUCUUCUCCAUUUUAGCAUCCACUGCUGGCUUAUUAGGCUGCAUCUUUUUCCCCAAAUGCUACAUCAUUAUCCUGAGACCUGAGCUGAACAGAAGAGAGCAGCUGAUCAGGAAAAGGCAUUAA